AUGACUACUACUACGAGAUCUGCUAAAGUUAGUUUGAAGCCGAUUGAAGUACCGAAGGCUCUACAGGAGGGAGAGAAGUUCAUCAAGUGGGAUGAGGACUCAGGUACUGGUUUACCAGUCACCCUGCGGGUGGACCCCAAAGGGUUCUACUUAUACUGGACAGACCAAAACAUGGAAGUGGAAAUGCUGGACAUUGCUACCAUCAGGGAUGUCCGCACUGGAGUACAUGCUAAAGUUCCAAAGGAUCCCAAAAUACGUAAUGUAGUGCUGAUUGGGUCUCAAGGAUCUCUAGAGGAAAAAACUGUCACUGUGUGUCAUGGCGCCGAUUUCGUCAAUGUGAUGUUCAUCAAUUUCUGCUGCACUAGAAAGGAAAUUGCACAGCUAUGGACCGAGGGGCUGUUUGCGUUGGCGUACAACCUGAAUCAGCUCAACAACCCCACGAUCAAGUUCCUCGAGAAGUUACACACCAAGAUCUCUCUCAAAGCUGACAAGUCGGGGAAAAUACUCGUCAAAAACAUCGUGAAGCUGUUGGCACAAAACAAAGAAGAUAAGAAGCGCGUGGAAAAGGCUCUCAGCGAGUCAGGGCUGCCUACAGGCAAGAACGACACCAUCAGCCAAUCCAAGUUCCAGUUCGAAGACUUCUUCGCUUUCUACAAGAACCUCACGCAAAGGACUGAAGUCCAGAAGAUAUUUAACAAUCUGACGGAUGGGAAGCCACAUCUGUCUGCCAAUCAGCUGGUGGACUUUUUAAAUGAAGUGCAGAGAGAUCCCCGGCUGAAUGAGAUCCUGCACCCCUACGCUGACAUUCAGCGCGCCAAGGACCUCAUCAAAACGUACGAACACAACAAGUACCACCAACAAAGGUCACAGCUCACAUUCGACGGAUUUUUAAGGUUUCUGAUGUCUGAGGACAACCCAAUCGUGGCGCCGAGUAAGAUGGACCUAUGCGACGAUAUGGAACAGCCUCUAGCGCAUUACUUCAUCAACAGCUCGCACAACACCUACCUCACUGGACACCAGAUCACCGGAAAGUCCAGCGUCGAGAUAUAUCGCCAGAGUCUACUGGCUGGAUGCAGAUGUGUAGAAUUGGAUUUCUGGAACGGGCGCACGGACGAGCCGGUGAUCGUACACGGGUACACUUUCGUCCCAGAAAUCAGUGCCAAGGAGGUACUGGAAGCGAUUGCGGAGAGUGCCUUCAAGACGUCAGACUACCCUGUGAUACUCAGCUUCGAGAACCAUUGCAACCCUCGGCAGCAAGCCAAGAUUGCCAACUACUGCAGGGAGAUAUUCGGCGAUAUGUUGCUUGAUAAACCGCUUGAUUCCCAUCAAUUGGAACCGGGAGGGGAAUUGCCGCCGCCGUCCCUGUUGCGUCAUAAGAUUAUAAUUAAGAAUAAGAAGAAGCACCAUCACCACCAUAAGAAGGAAGACUCGAUAGCUUCAGAGGAGAGUGAGCCACAGCCUGAGGUGCCGCAGGGCAAUGGCGAUGUCACCACUGCCACGUUGACACGGCAAGGGUCGUCGGAGUCGUCGGACUCUGAGAGCUCGUCGGGCGAAGAGGAGGCGGGCGGCGUGGACAGCGCGGCGGGCGAGGACGCGCGCGAGACGCACGCCGGCGCCGAGAUCUCCGCGCUCGUCAACUAUGUGCAGCCCGUGCAUUUCAGCUCCUUCGAGAACUCUGAGAGUCGGGGAGGACGGCCUCGGACACACGCCGCCGCAGAAAUCUCUGCCAUUGUCAACUACGUGCAACCUGUACACUUCAGCUCCUUCGAGAAUGCGGACAAAAAGAACCGUUUCUACGAGAUGUCUUCGUUUGACGAGAAGCAAGCGACCACGCUACUGAAGGAGCGUCCCAUCGAGUUCGUCAACUACAACAAGCACCAACUGUCGCGCGUCUACCCCGCAGGGACUAGGUUCGACUCUUCUAACUUCAUGCCACAGGUAUUCUGGAACGCCGGUUGCCAACUAGUGGCCCUCAACUAUCAAACGCUAGACCUGGCGAUGCAGCUUAACUUGGGCACCUAUGAAUACAACCGACGAUGUGGAUAUCUGUUGAAGCCAGAGUUCAUGCGGAGGAAGGACCGUCGUCUAGACCCGUUCGCAGAGAGUACAGUGGACGGUAUAAUAGCGGGCACACUAUCAGUGACAGUACUAUCGGGACAACUCCUGACUGACAAGCGUUGUGGAACAUUCGUCGAGGUCGACAUGUUCGGGCUGCCGGCUGACACCGUGCGGAAGAAGUUCCGCACCAGAGUCGCGCCUAACAAUGGCAUCAAUCCUGUCUAUGGAGAAGAGCCGUUUGUGUUUAAAAAGGUGGUGCUGCCGGAGCUGGCCAUGCUGCGCAUCGCGGCGCACGAGGAGGGCGGGCGCCUGCUGGGCCACCGCGUGCUGCCCGUGCUGGGGCUGUGCCCCGGGUACCGCUCCGUCAACCUGCGCACCGACCUCGGCCUGCCGCUGCCCGCCUCGCUGCUGCUGCUCGUCGUCGUCAAGGACUACGUGCCGGACCGGCUGUCCGAGCUGGCGGAGGCGCUGGCCAACCCCAUAAAGUACCAGAGCGAGCUGGACAAGCGCGAGCAACAACUGGCGCGCCUCACCGAGGACACCGACGUGCCCAGCGAGGUCGCCCCGCCGCGGCCCAAGCGAGCCGCGCCAUCCGACUCCGCUGUGCAGCCUAUCAAAUUAGAAGAUGCGCCGGACGGCAGCCCCGCGAAGGAAGCAAUGAUGGAGACCAAGAAGUUGAUUGAAAGCGAGAGCAUACCUUCGCCGUUACCUACCAACGAUAAGAAUUGUCUAGAUGCGGAUGGAAAAACAAAUGGUACAUCAGAUGAAUCGUUAGCCGAAACGUUGGAGGCUCUGCUAUCAAUGAAGGUGGUUCGAGAUAAACAGGCGGAGUUGGCGAGGAAACUAGACGCCUUGCGACGCAAGUUCGACAAGGAGAAGAAACCACCCACCUCCAAGUUCUACGUCAGCAAUAAACUCGUUAAAAGAUUGUCUUCGAAGAAUAUGGCGGGCGAGUCGUGCGGCGGCGAGGAGGCGGAGGUGUGUGCGCUGGAGCGCGCGCUGCGCCUCAAGUGCCACCACGCCGUGUGGGCCGCGCUCGAGAAGCACGUGCGGGCCGACCAGCACCGACAGAUGAAGGCGCUCUCCGAUUCGUUAGAAGCGGAUAAGAAGGAAAUUCUAAACAGGCUGGCGAACUCGCGGAAGGAGGACGUGAAAGCAUUAGCAAAGAAAACCAACCGGGAUAAGGACGAAAUAAAUAGAAUAAAGCGAGAGAUACACUCACAGUCGGUGGAGCGUGGCGUGGCAGAGUGUUGUCGGCUGGAACAGAAGUACGCAGCGCGGCGCGAGCAACUCGCGCGGACUCACGACAAACUGCUGCAACUACUCAUCAAACAUCGCGACCAGGAGCUGUUGGAGCUGGAGCGCAUGUGUGGCGGCGCGCCCGAGGGCUAG